AAUUAUCCAGAAAGCAGCUAAAGAGCCUGGACAAGAUGUCUGAUGAGGAAGAGGUAACCUAUGAAGAAGAGGAGGAAGAAUAUGUUGAAGAAGAAGAAGAAGAAGUUGUGGCUCCUGAGCCACCAAAACCUGCUCCUCCUCCUGCAGCUCCUCCACCUCUCAUCCGCCGGCGCUCCUCGGCUAACUAUCGGUCCUAUGCCACAGAACCACAGGUUAAGAGAAAACCCAAGAUUUCUGCAUCACGGAAGCUCCAACUGAAGAGUAUGAUGUUGCAAAUUGCUAAGGCAGAAAUGGAACGUGAGGAAGAGGAGAGAGCUCGCGAGAAGGAGAGAUACCUUGCAGAACACUGUCAGCCUCUGCAACUGUCUGGCUUGUCCCGAUCUGAACUGCAGGACCUGUGUCAGGAGCUUCACGCAAGAAUCGAUGUAGUAGAUGAAGAAAGAUAUGACAUGGAAGCCAAAGUAAACAAAAACAUAACUGAGCUCGAAGACUUGAACCAAAAGAUCUUUGACCUCCGUGGCAAGUUCAAAAAGCCAAACCUCAGGAGGGUGCGUCUCUCUGCCGACGCCAUGAUGAUGGCGCUGUUGGGCACCAAGCACAAAGUCUCCAUGGAUCUACGGGCCAAUCUCAAACAGGUCAAGCAAACCAAAAAGGACGAUGCAGACAAGGAUAUAAGAGAAGUAGGUGACUGGAGGAAGAAUGUGGAUGCCCUGAGUGGUAUGGAAGGCAGAAAGAAGAAGUUUGAAUCCACUGGGGCUGCUGCAGUUUAAGAAGGGGAGAUUUCUGAUGGAUGAAGUGCAAUUACUUCUGGACUGAAAUAUGAAAAUUCUUCUUCGUUCCAAGGCAGUUAAUCUGAAAUGGUUAGAGCUGAAUCCCCAAUAAAGCACCUUGACAGAGAAUAGC